GAAGAGAAGUUGAACCGGUCAAUCUCUGAUAAUAACUUUAAUACUUUUACCAAAUUACAAGAAUAAGUCUUCUCCUGACUUCGUCUUCUUCCUCCGUAUACCUUUCAUAAUUUUCUCACCAUCUCUCUCUACACAUUUACUAGUUUCUCCGUCGCCGGCGAAUCCUGUAAGUGAAUCGAAACCCUUCCUGUUUCUGGCUAAUUUGAUCGAUUGUUCGUCCGCCGUUAACGGUUACCUUCUUUAAUGGAUCUACUAAUCAGGAAUCGUAAACUUUCUGUUUAGAUUUCCAGGGUUUUUUAAAAAAAAUUGCCUUAAACAGAGCAAUCCCAAUUCCAAUUUCAAAAAACCCAUGGAUUCAAUUCAGAAUACAGUCUAUUACUGUUGUAUAGUAAAAGAAGAUCAGAUUAUGUAUACUUAUAGUAAUGGAAAUUCAGAAAUUGAAAGUUUAGCCGAAUUGUGUUUGGAGAAGAUGAUACCUCCUUUUCAUAAAUGGUAUUUUCAGACGAUGAAUCAAAAGAUAUUUGGGUUUUUUAAGGAAGACAAAUUCGUUUAUUUCGCGAUUUUAGAUGAGUCUCUUGGUAAUUCAGGUGUUUAUAAGUUUCUAAAAACGGUUAAUGAUGAAUUCAGAAAAGCUAUCCAAAACAGUUCUAGAAGAAAUAUGACAGAUCUUAAUGCUCUUGCUUUGCAAGAACAGUUUUUGCCUGUUAUUCAUAGGUUGAUUGUUUCUUUGGAUAAGACUGCAAACUUUUCCAUGGAAAUGCCUAUGAUGGCCUUAACCAACUUGUCGGUUAAGACCGUUAAGGAGCGAUUGGUUGUAGAGGAGACAGGUAAAGAUUGUGAACGAGGUGAGGUUUUAAGGAGGGCGAUAACGGGUAAUGAAAUUGGUAGAAGGAAAUGGUGUCGAGAAAUUCGAAUUGUUAUUGCUAUCGAUGUUGGUGUUUGUUUGGUUCUUCUUGCGGUUUGGUUGAUAAUUUGUAGUGGAGUCAAAUGCACCCGAUGAAGAAUGUGUUUACUAUGAAAAUGAUUUUAAU